AUGGGAGCUUGUGUUGAGCCAACGCAUCACUUGGCCACCAGCCUCGACCUGGGCUCCCCGCCGCCUCUGCUCGCCACGGACGUCGACGCCGCCGCCAUGGCGUACCCACCUGCUGGUGGCUCCCCCGUGCGUCUCGUCUCGUCGCCCCAUAAGGCGGCUGGCGGCGACGACGGCGAGCAUCCGGGUCGCCGCCACGAGCUCUCCGGCGGCUCGCACUACUACCUCCGCCAUCUCCGGGCGGUGGAGGAGCCGCCGGUGCGCGACCCCAGCGACGAGGGCACCGCGGACGCGUGGGUCGAGCGCAGCCCGUCGCUGCUCCGGCUCACGGGGCGGCACCCGUUCAACGGCGAGCCCCCGCUGCCGCUGCUCGCGCGGCACGGCUUCGUCACCCCGGCCCCGCUCCACUACGUGCGCAACCACGGCGCCGUGCCGCGGGCGGCGGCGGACUGGGAGACCUGGACCGCCGAGGUGACGGGCCUCGUCCGGCGCCCCGCGCGGCUCACCGUGGCGGACCUCGCCGGGGGCAACUUCCGCGCGCUGGAGCUCCCCGUGACGCUCGCCUGCUCCAGCGGCCGGCGCAAGGAGCAGAACAUGGCGCGGCAGACGCUAGGCUUCAACUGGGGGCCCGGCGCCGUGUCCACCUCCGUGUGGCGCGGCGCGCCGCUCCGCGACGUGCUGCGCCGGUGCGGCGGCGUCGAGCGCGGCGCGCGCUACGUGUGCUUCGAGGGCGCCGACGACCUCCCCGGCGCCGGCGGCGGGGGGUGCGUGUACGGCACCAGCAUCGCGCUCAAGCAGGCCAUGGACCCGACCAUGGACGUCAUGCUCGCCUACAUGCAGAACGGCGCGCCGCUGCUGCCGGACCACGGCUUCCCGGUGCGCGUCAUCGUGCCCGGCUGCACGGCCGGCCGCAUGGUCAAGUGGCUCCGCCGCAUUGUCGUCACCGCCGCCGAGUCCGACAACUACUACCAUUACCGGGACAACCGCUUCCUGCCGUCCCACGUCGACGCCAAGCUCGCCGACGCCGAAGGGUGGUGGUACAAGCCCGAGUACGUCAUCAACGAGAUGAACACAAACUCGGUGAUCACGACGCCGGCGCACGGCGACAUCCUGCCCAUCAACGCCGCCACCACGCAGAGCGCCUACACCGUCAGAGGGUUCGCCUACUCGGGUGCCGGCAAGAAGGUGACGCGGGUGGAGGUGACGCUGGACGGCGGCGAGACAUGGCUCCUCUGCGCACUCGACCACCCGGAGAAGCCCACCAAGUUCGGCAAGUACUGGUGCUGGUGCUUCUGGUCCGUCGACGUCGAGGUCGCCGACCUCCUCGCCUCCAGGGAGAUCGCCGUCCGCGCCUGGGACCAGUCGCUCAACACCCAGCCCGAGAACCUCACCUGGAACCUCAUGGGAAUGAUGACCAACUGCUGGUUCAGGGUGAGGAUCAACGUGUGCCGGCCGCGCAAGGGGGAGAUCGGUAUGGUGUUCGACCACCCGGUGCAGCCGGGCAACCAGCCGGGCGGGUGGAUGGCGCGGCAGAAGCACCUCGAGGUCGCGGAGGCCCCCGCCGCCGCCGCCGCCGCCGCGCCGGGGAUCCGCCGGAGCACGUCGGCCACGCUGGCGGACACCGCCACCAGCAAGUUGAUCACCAUGGCAGAGGUGCGCGAGCACGCGUCGCGGGACUCAGCGUGGAUCGUCGUCCACGGCCACGUCUACGACUGCACCGCGUACCUCAAGGACCACCCGGGCGGCGCCGACAGCAUCCUCAUCAACGCCGGCGCCGACUGCACCGAGGAGUUCGACGCCAUCCACUCCGACAAGGCCAAGGCGCUCCUCGGCGCGUACCGCAUCGGCGAGCUCGUCGCCGCCAGCGGUGGCGGCGACACCCCCGUCCAGGAGGCCGCCGUGAUCAGGUCCCCGCCGCUGCGGGCGCCCGUCGCACUCUCCAACCCGCGCGAGAAGGUCAUCUGCCGCCUCGUCGGCAGGAAGGAGCUGUCCCGCGACGUGCGCCUGCUCCGCUUCGCGCUGCCGGCGCCGGACCAGGCGCUCGGCCUCCCCGUCGGCAAGCACCUCCUCGUGUGCGCCGACAUCGACGGGAAGCUGUGCGCGCGCGCGUACACUCCGACGAGCUCCGCGGACGAGGCCGGCCACUUCGACCUCCUCGUGAAGGUGUACUUCCGGGACCAGCACCCCGAGUUUCCCCGCGGCGGCCGCAUGUCCCAGCACCUGGACUCGCUCACGGUCGGCUCCUACGUCGGCGUCAAGGGCCCCCUCGGCCGCGUCGAGUACCUCGGCCGCGGCGGCUUCGUGGUCGGCGGCGAGCUGCGCAGGGCGCGCCGCCUCGCGAUGGUCGCCGGCGGGAGCGGGAUCACGCCGAUGUACCAGGUGAUCCAGGCGGCGCUGCGCGGCCAGCCGGAGGACGAGACGGUGAUGCACCUGGUGUACGCCAACCGGACGGAGGACGACAUCCUCCUGCGCGGCGAGCUGGACCGGUGGGCGGCGGAGUUCCCCGGCAGGUUCAAGGUGUGGUACGUGGUCAGCCAGGUGAGGCGCCCGGAGGAGGGGUGGGAGUACAGCGUCGGGAUCGUGACGGAGGACAUCCUGCGGGAGCACCUGCCGGAGGGCGGCGACGGCGCGCUGGCCCUCGCCUGCGGGCCGCCGCUCAUGAUCCAGCUCGCCGUCUCGCCGAACCUGGAGAAGAUGGGAUACACGUCCAGUUCCGUCGUCGUCUUUUAAGUUUGUGUACAAGUGCCGUGC